AUGAGUCACAGGGGAAGACCUUUCAAGGCCCGCGCUGGCAAAGCAGCGACAGCCACCGCCGACGAACCCGGCCAUUCUGUUGCCCUGACCUCGUCCUCUGACGCUUUGAACGGCCGAAAGGGUGCUGACCUCGCGACUGGCGAGGCGACCCCCUCGAGGGAGGAGUUUGUGUGCGUUCGAGCUAUUGCCCAGGCGGGCAGUAGCAGUAGCGCUCAGCUGACCGUGGUGCACCGCCUCCUGAAGAGUGUCUUGUCGGCCGCAGGCAAUGUUGUUCGCGGCACUGACUCACAGCGCAAAUUUACAAGCCUAUACACAGAGUUUUGCAUUAGUGCUGUGCGUAGCUUGGCGGAUGUGGAGGACGCUGUGUACGAGCUCACUAACCCAGGCUGUCGCGCUGCCGACGCUGCAGACUGCGAAAUUGAAGGGAUUGACGAUGCCGAGUUCCUUAAGCAAGUGGCCGCAUAUGUGGCGAUGCACACCGGCGCCCUAGGCGUGGCAUACCUAGAGCACGUUGGUCGGUCUGCCCUCGAGAAGCUGCAGAAACAGCAACGUAAGCGGGAGCGCUCCACUACCACAGGGAGCGGCGACGCUGCCACUUCGAGCCACCGGCCGGCUAAGGUGGGCCGCACGCUCAUCGCUAGGGGUGCCGGUGCUCAAGCAGCCCAUGGCGGCGGCACCGCCGUUGAUAUGCAUGGAAGCUCCCCUUUCGACUCUCUCGGUCUUGUGGAUGCGCAGGAGACAAUGCGGUGCGCUCUGGAGGCAAUUGAGAGGGAGAAACAGACGGCUGCUUCCACCUCCACUGAUGCGGCAGCCGCGUCGCGUCGCGGCCUCCAGGCUUUUGCUACGACUCAACUGGGACUCGGGUACUCCGAUGACCGCCCCUCUGGCGUGUUUUUGUCCAGGGCACCUGGCGGCCUCUCCACGGCAGCGACCACGUCGGGCGGGACGCCACUUGGCAAUGGCACGGUCGCGUACGAGCUGCGCGACCCCCAUCUGAAGCUGAGCAGCAUUCCAGAGCUCUCUACCCGUAUGCAGCCGUGGACAAUCCCGCUGCCGUCCAGCGGCGUGUACUUGGACCGAGUGACAAUGGAGCGCGACCGCAGGGGUUGGAACGCGAGCGGCAACGGGACCAGCGCCGCCACUGCGGCGGUGGAACCGGCCAAGGCAGCGUUGGAGGUGUGCCUCGCACCGACACCCAUGGAGUUCCUGCGGCAGUGGGAAAGCCGCGAGGCUGCGCUUGCGGCGGAGCAGCAGCAGCCUUCGUCGACGCCGGCCCUCGUCGGGGGCCCGUACAGCGUAGUUCCUUACACCGGUAACAGCAGCCGUGCUGGUGGGCCGUCGACCGGUUGCAGCCCGCGCUCAACGGCACCUUUGUCAACGCCCCCCCUUUGUUUGUCCCCCAACAGUAGCCCUCUCGGUCAUCACCCUCCCUUCUUGCCUGAGUCGGAGGUUCGCACCAGCUGCGCCGACGCCGACCCCAUAUCUGCAUUCUCCUCUGCCUUCUUUCCAGCGGUGCGGGACAAGCGGACCACGACAAGCCUGCCAACGUACGUGAUGGCAAACCUUUCCCACUACGGCGUGUCGAAGAUGGAGUACGUGUACACGAUGGGGCCGACGAGCAAGUGA